UCUCUAUCCAAAUAUUGAACUAAAAUGACUGCAUCUGGAUUUAACCUUACAAACUGUUAGUCUAAACUUGUCCAUUUUGUCAAGCCUUUAUCUUUUAGUGUCACUUAUUCAGAGUUUAUUUGUUAUCUUUUAAACAAAGUUCAAAAUAUUACUAAUAAUUUGCGCUUACAGUUUCAUGUUACUUUUUUUAUACCUUAACAAAGAGGAUAAUCUAUGCUAGUUUGUGAGUCAGCUUCAAUUUUAAUUUAUAAUCAGAUACUUUUAGAUCUGUUAACUCAAUUCUUUCACUAUAUCUUUUUCCAUUAUGUGUAUACACUUGAAGCUGCUAUAUUGGAAUCCUAUCUUAAUACUUCAUUCCACCCUUGAUACAUCUAUUUUUAAUGAAUUUUUUAUAAUAAGUAAGUGUUUACAUCUCCUUAUAAAUCAAAUUGGUCAAUAGCAAGUACAUUAAAAGUACCGACUGAAUAAUCAGUAACCUUCAACAUGUUUACAUUGAUAAAUUAUUUAAUUUUGACAGUGCUUCACCUUUUGCUUAUCUCAGUGAAUAAUUAUGUGUAUUGUGAUUGUAUCUUCAGAUCAACGUGUGAUGAUAUUCAAAACAAGUAUAUGUUAUCUCUCAAAAUUCCAUGUGUAUAUAAUGGUGCUCCUCAACCCAUCAACAAUGAGACUACUUUACGCUCGCUUCAAGAAAUCUGUCCAUAUCUUGAUCCAGUGAAUAAUCCAACUCUAUGUUGUGAUGAGGACCAAAUCAAUAUUUUAAUAGACCAAUUGGCUACGCCAAGAGGGAUGCUAGGUCGUUGUCCAUCAUGUUUCUACAAUUUUGCCAAUUUUUUGUGUCACAUGACAUGUUCACCCAAACAGUCGGAAUUUUUAAGACUUGAUGAGGCCAAACCAUCGGAAAAAUAUCCUGAAAAGCAACAAGUCUCUUGGAUCUCAUACGCAAUUGAGGAGAAAUUUGCUCAAACCUUGUUUAAUUCAUGUGUAAAUGUCUUGGCGCCAGGCGCUAACUUUAAACCAGUCCAUUUAAUGUGCGACCAAUGGGGUGACCAAUGUAAUGCUCAUCGACUUCUUGAAUCUAUUGGAAAGAAUGAUUCUUCGCCAUUCGGGAUCAAUUUUCAUUAUUUUCCUUAUUCAGCUGAAACAUCAAUCUCACCCCUUCAGCUUUCAUCAACUCAAUGUUUCGAGAGUCCCGGAGUUCCUAACAAAACUGCCUGCUCAUGUUCAGAUUGUCCAACUGUUUGUAAACCUUUACCUCGGCCCGAAGCUCAUGAAAGAUUUUGCAUUUUGGGUACAGAUGGUAUGACCAUUGUAAUGUCCUGUGUGUUCAUAAUUACAACGACGGCAGUGAUUAUUUAUUACACUUACUAUCAACGAAAAACAAAUUUUACUAAAGCAGAUGACGCUGGAUCCUAUCCAAUGGCUAAUUUCGAUGAUCCUACUAACUAUGAAACCAUGGUUAACGUGAAAUCAUCAAAAGUGACCAAUAAAGGAAUUGGCUCAAUAUUAGAAAAUUUUCUUGAGCAUAGUUUCAAGCAAUGGGGAUACAUCGUUACAUCUAGACCCACUUUGACCAUAAUUAUUGGAGCUGUUUCGAUUUUAAUAACAGGUCUUGAAGUUGCAAACAUUUCUUCCAAAAUAACUUCAGAUCCAGUUGAAUUGUGGAGUUCCCCCGAAAGUCAUGCUCGUCAAGAGAAACUGUUUUUUGAUACAAAUUUCGGACCAUUUUAUCGAGUUAAUCAAUUGAUUAUCAAGAAAACAACGAAUGAACCUAACUUCGAUUAUUAUGCAAAUGACAAGAAUUAUUCAUUCAACCCAAUAUUUGAUAAGGAAUUUUUAUUGAAGACUCUUGAACUGCAGCAAGAAAUUACAUCGCUCACAGCAAAAUUGGAUGGAGAAACAAUUAAAUUGAAUGACAUAUGUUUCAGUCCUUUAGGCAAUGGCUUAUGUGCAGUUCAAAGUGUUUUCGGCUGGUUCCAGGAAAAUGCCACUCACUUUGAUGAUGAUCCCAACUCAAAUUAUACUUACCUCGAUCACAUUAUUUCUUGUCUUGGUAACCCAUUUGCUCCUGAUGAUAAUUUGAAGCCAUUUCACUAUCCUUGUUUGGGUGAAUAUGGAGGACCAGCUUUACCUAAAGUGGCACUAGGAGGUUUCAAUAUUGCUGAUUCCCAAAAAGAUGCUGCUGAUGCUUAUACUCAGGCUACAUCACUGGUAAUUACAAUUUUGAUCAAUAAUCAUGCCGAUAAGAGUCAAAAUAAAAAAGCAGAAGCGUGGGAACAAGUGUUUCUGGAUUACUUACAUUCAUUCAAUCAUACUAGAUUUCCUGAUUUUGAUAUUGCUUAUUUUUCAGAGAGAUCAGUUCAAGAUGAAAUCAACCGUCAGAGUUUAUACGAUGUAUCAACUAUUAUUGCGAGUUACCUGGUAAUGUUUGCUUAUGUAUCUUUGACUUUGGGUAGAAUCUCUCGAAAAAGUGAUUUUUUUGUCCACUCAAAAAUUAGUUUGGGUCUCAUCGGUAUAACAAUCGUUAUUGCCAGCGUUAUAUCAUCUAUUGGUUUGAUGAUUCUUCUAGGGUUUAAUUUAACCCUUAUCAUUGUAGAGGUUAUUCCCUUUUUGGUUUUGGCUGUUGGAGUAGAUAAUAUUUUUAUUCUUGCUCAACACAUACAGCGUUAUAAUCCUAAACAAAAUGAGUCUUCUCAAGAUCAAGUAGCUAAGGUUCUGGGCAAAUGUGGACCAUCUAUUCUUAUGGCUUUUGCCUGUGAAGUUACAUGUUUCUUUAUUGGAGCUUUAUCAACUAUGCCCGCUAUCAGAAUGUUUGCAUUGAAUGCUGCUUUAGCUCUUCUAAUCGACUUUUUACUACAAAUGAGUGUCUUCAUUGCUGUUUUAUAUCUUGAUUUGGAGAGACAAAAAUCAUCUAGAUUUGAUAUUCUAUGUUGCUUCAAAUCAUCUAAAGCCAUCGAUCCUGAUGUAAUACCUGAUGAUGUUGAAGUUGGAUUACUUCACAAAAUCUGUAAAGAUCAUUAUGCACCAUUCCUCAUGAAAGAUAAAGUUCGUUUAGCUAUAUCCAUUGGUUUUACUCUAUGGGUUUGCUCUUCUAUUGCUGUUGUAAACAAAAUUGAAGUUGGGUUGGACCAAGAACUAUCAAUGCCUCAUGAUUCAUACGUCCUUAAAUAUUUCAAAGCUCAGAAAAAUGAUUUACGCGUCGGACCUCCUGUUUAUUUUGUUGUUGGUGGCAAAUUUGAUUAUUCUGAUAACUUUCACCAAGAAGUUAUAUGUGGAAGCAGUUACUGUAGCGAAAAUUCUCUCUUUAAUCAAAUCAGUCAAGCAUCUCACGAACCCGAGUCUAGUUACAUUGUUGACUCUCCUGCCUCAUGGCUUGAUGAUUACUUCGGUUGGGCUGAUACAUCAUCUUGUUGCCGACUUUUCAAAAAUGAUACAAAUAUCUUCUGUCCGUCUACAUUAACAGAUAUUAACCGAAACAAUGAAUGCAAGAAAUGUCAGCUUGAAGGCGAUGAUGAAAUGAUAAAUUCUGCUCAAUUUUACAAGUUUCUACCUGAUUAUCUAUCAGAUAUACCAACUACCUCUUGCCCUAAAGCUGGCCGUGCUGCUUAUGGAUCUUCUGUAAAAUUAGAUGAAAAUAAUAAUGUAUUGGCUAGUCACUAUAGUUCGUAUCAUUCACCUCUAGUCAAAUCAAGUGAUUUUAUCGAAGCAAUGAAAAGUGCUCGUUUCUUAGCAUCAAACAUUGAACGAGCAGUAUCAACCGCUUUAAGGCCAGGCGAAGAAGUUAAAGUAUUUCCAUAUUCUCUUGUCUACGUUUAUUACGAGCAAUACCUUACUAUCUAUGGUGACUCCAUCCGAAGUCUUGCCUUAUCCAUUACAGCUAUUUUCUUGGUAUCCUUUGUUUUGUACGGAUUUGAUAUCAAAGCAUCACUGAUUGUCGUUUUCACCAUUAUAUGUAUCGUAAUCAAUCUUAUGGGAAUGAUGUAUUGGUGGGACAUUUCACUGAAUGCCUUGUCUUUGGUUAACCUCGUUAUGGCUGCUGGUAUUUCAGUUGAAUUUUGUUCACAUAUAACUCAUGCUUACCUAUUGAGUAAUGGCGCAAGCCGUGUUAAGCGAUCACAAGAAGCCUUGGCUACAAUGGGUUCAUCUGUUUUAUCUGGAAUCACAUUGACUAAAUUUGCCGGUAUUCUGGUGUUAGCUUGGUCAACAUCACAAAUUUUCGUUGUAUUUUAUUUCCGAAUGUAUUUCGGUAUCGUUAUUAUUGGAGCACUUCAUGGUCUUAUUUUAUUACCAGUACUGUUGAGUGUAUUUGGAGGUAAACCAAAGCUGAGCAGUUCAUAUGCAAAUGAAAUGUAAUCAUGAUUUUUUGUUAUUGAAUAAAGAAUAUUUUUAUUACU